AUGUCAGCGCCGUGUAGGAAACUCAGCCGCGGAGGCCGUCCUGGCGCCAUGCAGGUCCGGCUCUGCGCAGUCGUGGUCCUGCUGCUGGCAGCCCCCGUGGCAGCGCGGGAGGGCGGAACGCGCGGUCUGCGGAAGCGGAAGGCGCUGGCGGGCAGGCGGCGCGAUGCCCGAAAGAGCGGCGCCGGGCUGGUGGCGACCGCCAGUGGCGGCGCGGGCAGCGACCCGAAAGACGCUGCCUGGCCAGGUGCCUCCCCAGGCAGUCGGAGCAGCGGAGCCCUGGAGGACGAUGCUGGCGGUGAUAAGGCGGACGGCAUCGGGCCUACGGCGAGCCCCAGUGGCGACGCGCGCGGUGACCCGAAAGUUGGCGCCAAGCUUGCGGCCCGCACGGGCGAUGGGGGCAGUGAUGCGCUGAAGGACGGUGUCCGUGGUGACAAGGCUGACGGCAUUCGACCUGCGGCGGAUCACAGUGGAGGCAAGCCUGAUUCACAGGGUGGCGACAGUGAGCCAGCUGCCAGCCGCCGUGUCGGCGGCGGCGACCUUGUUGACCAGGCUGGGCCAGCGCUGGGCAGCAGCAGCAGGGAAAGCGGCCUGAAUGAUGGCUUCGGACAGGCGGCUGGCCCUGAUGGCGGCAUGCACAGCGCUGACGUUAUAACAGGCCCUGGAGAAUCUGGGCCCGUGGCGAUCCGGGACAGCGGUGGAGACCCAAUUGCGGUCAAAGACGGCCGCACGGAUAGUUCCAAUGAUGACCUUGGGCAGUUGGCAACCAACAGUGGAGGGGGGGGCGACACGCCGAGGAAGGAAGAUACCGUGGUGGCGGCAGGAAGGAUUCACGCACGACGAGGUGAUUCAGCAAAGGAUGACAGUGAUGGCAUGCACAGCAUUGGCGCUAUAGCAGGCCGGGCAGAAGCCGAGUCCGCGGCGAUCCGCGACAGCGGCGGAGAUGUCACGGUGGAGGAUGGCAUAGAGUCCAUCGCGAACAAAGACGGCGGCAGGGACAGCCCCGAGCACGACAUUGGGGUGCGGGCAACCUCCGAUCGAAGUGGGACCGAUACACAGAACGAGGUUGAUGCCAGGCUUGCGGCGAGCGGUGACGAUGUCCCAGGUGACCCAGUGCAGGGUGCAGCUGGGCAGAUGUCGGAUCGUCACGGUGGCGGCCAAGAGGAUUUGCAAGAUGACUCCAUGAAGGAGGCAACGCCCGACACCGGCGAGGACAUCGCUGCGCAGGGUGUUGCUGCACGAGAGCGGAUCCGCGACAGCAGCGGGGACGGCGACCCCAAGAUCUCUGUCAAGACAGCGGAGGUCCUCGCUGGCAGCAACGGCGAUGCGGGCAUCCAGUGGGCGGCUGCAGCUGGGGGGGCGGCGUCCUUCGCCGACGGCGAGGAGCAGCGACAAGUUGACAUGGUCAUCAAGGACUACGUGAUCCCAGCAGACAGGAAGCGCGAAGAGACGAGGUUCAGCUGGACUAACAAGACACAUGGAGCCGAAUUUGUGUUCAACUUCCGCGACACUGACCACGCCGUGUACCACAUAGUGUAUGGCGAGGCAUUGUUAGAGCGCCCGGAGAUCGUGAGGGAGAUCGUCGUGGCCGGAUGUUCGCAGCACGUGCCUGACGACCAGGAGGGCAAGCCCUACCUCAUCUUCAGCACGGACGUGCCUGAUUUCUGUGACCGGCCGCUGGGUGGGCUCACGUGGUCAAUGAACGCUUCCAACCCGCACAUACUGUGGUGGCUGCCCGGCAUGGUCCUGUGGGACAUGCCCACGCACGCGGGCAUCCCCGUCGGCGUCGGGGUUGGCAUCGUGGGCAUCCGUUUGCGCGUGUUCUUCAAGGAUGCGCAGCCUGGGACCGUCGUUCGGGACGGGAUCAGGGUCUUCUACACCCCCACAACCCGCGAGCAGACCAUGGACGUCACCCCAGUGCUGUGGGCGGGGAUGCCCUACGGCGUCGGGAACCACGACAAUCCGACCAUGUGGAUUCCUCCCGGCGUCCGCCGCUGGUUCGUGACGAGGACCUGCGAGGUGGUGGACGGCUGCCGAGACGCGAGCGAGGAAGAGCUGCAACGACAGGACUGGCUGAUGCUCCUGGGGCGCAAGUACGCGGUGGGCACCUGCGACAAGAUGAGGGCGGCUGGUUGGUGCACCAAGCCAGGGAUCGACGCCGCCAUGCUGGCGGCCCACGGCCUGCACACCUCCUUCGACAGCCCGGUGCGGCUGCAGAUGCGCUUCCUGUGCCCUGCUUCCUGCGGCUCCGGGUGCCCAGCGCUGGGCGGGGCCGACGAGCUGCCCGUGGUGUCCGCGUGGCUCCGGACCCUGUCCCUCGGGAGCGAGGUCCACGCGACGCUGACGCGGGGCGGCGCUGCGGAGACGAUGUGGAGCACGGGCUCCUGGAACCACUCCGACCGGGCGGUGGUCCCGCUGCUGGGCCGCCACCUCACCAUACGUGCGGGGGACGUGCUCCAGACCACCUGCGUCUUCGACUCGACCUCGCGGGAGCGGCGCACCAGGUUCGGGCUGGAGGCCGACGACGAGGUGUGCAAGGUGGGCCUCGCCACCACCCGGCCUGCGGCGUCCGAGGCGCAGCACCCGCCCUUCCGCUGCGACGGGAGUGUCUGGGCUGGCGCUUUGGCUCCCGGGGAGGACGCUCUGCAGAUUGCCACCAACCACCCGCACCACAGGGCCGACCGCGUCUGGCGGAUGGAGACGCUUUCCCCGGGCACUCCCAGUAAUCCGAUCCGCUACACGCGCGCCGAGUGUCCGGAGGGCACAGAGGCGCGUCCAGAGGCCUGCCGCGAAUGGGACCCGUUGACUUAUUCAUGGAAGGUGGAUCACGACUGUUGCGGGCACAAGUGCGAGGGGAAUGACGUGUUUGCGGUGGGGUUGGAUGAGCCAAAAGACCCUUGCAGCGUGAAUCCGUUCACUGGGAUGGUGUACUACACUUAUGCGUGCUGUUCCAGGUCCAAGUCUGAGCUGUAG